UGACCAGUAUAAAUGUCAGCAAGUGGGCUGAGGGCGGCCAGGGAAGGACAAAGGCAGCAGCAGGGUGUGUGGAGCCGCCUCUGAGAUGGAGAAGUUCACAGCCGCAAUGCUGCUGGGGAGCGUGGGGGACGCCCUGGGCUACGCCAAUGUCUGCAGGGAGAACAGCGCUUUGGGCUCCGUCCAGGAGGAGCUGCAGAAGAUCGGGGGACUCGACCACCUGGUGCUGUCUCCCGGAAAGUGGCCAGUGAGUGACAACACCAUCAUGCACUUGGCCACCGCUGAGGCGCUUGCCACAGACUUCUGGUGCCUGGAUGACCUGUACCGUGAGAUGGUGAGAUGCUAUGUGGAGGCCAUCGAGAAGCUUCCGGAACGUCGGCAAGACCCAGCCACCGUGGAGGGCUGCUCACUGCUGAAGCCAGAUAACUACCUCCUGGCCUGGCACACACCCUUCAGUGAAAAGGGCUCAGGAUUUGGAGCUGCCACAAAAGCCAUGUGCAUCGGCAUGCGGUACUGGAAGCCGGAGCGGCUGGGGACUCUGAUCGAAGUCAGCAUUGAGUGCGGCAGAAUGACCCACAACCAUCCCACAGGCUUCCUCGGCUCCCUGUGCACGGCCCUGUUUGCCUCUUAUGCAGUACAAGGAAAGCCGCUGGUGCAGUGGGGGCGGGACAUGCUGCAGGUGGUCCCGCUGGCUGAGGAGUACUGCAGGAAGACCAUCCGGCACAUGGCAGAGUACCAGGAGCACUGGUUCUACUUUGAAGCUAAGUGGCAGUUUUACUUGGAGGAGAGAAAGAUCAGUGAGGACUCGGGAAAUGAAGCCACCUUUCCCGAGAACUAUGAUGCGGAGGAGAGGGACAAGACCUACAAGAAGUGGAGCUCGGAAGGCCGAGGGGGACGGCGAGGCCACGAUGCCCCCAUGAUAGCCUACGACGCCCUCCUCGCGGCAGGCAGCAGCUGGACGGAGCUGUGCCAGCGGGCCAUGCUCCACGGAGGUGAAAGUGGGGCCACCGGGGCCAUCGCCGGCUGCCUGUUCGGACUGCUGCACGGGCUGGACGCGGUGCCCAGGGGCUUGUACCAGGAGCUGGAGCACAAGCCCAGGCUGGAGAGCGUGGGCGCCGCCCUGCACCGCCUGUCCACGGAGGACAAGUAACCCUUCUGCCACUGCCUCCCGGGCCCAGCAGCAAGUAGCCCCCCAGCGGGAGGGUGGCCCACACCUGCUUCCCCUGCAGCUACAGUGUCCACCUGCCACCUGCCACAUGUUGCCCAUCUGGAGGUGGCUCCCACACCCUGCUCACCCAGAGCACUGCUGAUGUGGCUCAGCCUGCUGCACGGGCACCUCCAAUACAGUGUCCCCUGCGUGCCCUGGA